CAAGCCCAGUUCUGAUGUUUAUAAAGGCUCAUCUGUCGAGCUGCCUGCCACCUCUGUCUGACUUGGACUCAGUGAUUUAAGCAAAAUCUUGCAAGCUGACAGCCAGUGUUUAUCCCAAGGCGCACUGGGACUGCUAAGACUGCCGUAUUUGUUUCUACAUUUAAGGUCUUGGUGAAAUAUGAGCUCAUCAGUGGAUCCUGGAGGCAACAUGACUUUUCCUUCUCAGUUUAUGCUCGUCAGAGACACCUUCACCACAGCAUUUGUGAAGAACCUGAUUGUGGUUCUGGUCUGGAUCAUCCUCAGUUAUAUCAAUGGCACCUUGGUUGCCACCUUUUUUAGACACCAGGCCUUUUAUGAAGACCCUCGCUACAUCCUCUUCAUCCACAUGGUGAUCAACGACGCCAUCCAGCUGACUGUCACCAUCACGCUCUUUGUCCUCAGCUACAUCUUCUACAAGUUAAAUGUCUCAUUCUGCUGCUUCUUUAUCCUGGUGGCUGUCUUCACCACCAGAAACACCCCGGUCAACUUAGCUAGUAUGGCCAUAGAGCGCUAUAUUGCUAUUUGCGAACCUUUACGGCACUCCCACAUCUGCACAGUGAGGAGGACUUACAUUGUCAUCGGGUUGAUUUGGUUUAUAUGUGUGGCUCCGGAUAUUACAGAUCUAUUUGUCACACUGGCGACUGAGUCCCUGAGCUUCUUCCAUCAGUCGGUGUUCUGUUUGCGCCAGAAUGUGUUCAAAGACCCGAUCCUGGCAUACAAAAGACAAGCUUUUGAUAUCAUCUAUUUCUCCUGUGUGUUUCUGACUCUGGUCUUCACCUACCUGAGGAUCCUGUUUGCAGCCAGGGCCCUCUCCACAGAGAAGGUGUCAGCCCAGAGAGCCAGGAACACCAUCCUGCUCCACGGGGCCCAGCUGGCCAUGUGCAUGCUCUCCUACAUCUCCCCCAGCGUGGAGAUUGUCCUGCAUCUAAUCUUCCCCGGCCGAAUCCUAGAAAUCAGAUUCGCCAACUAUCUGAUUGUCUACAUCCUGCCUCGGUUCCUGAGCCCGAUCAUCUACGGUGUCCGAGACAAAAAGUUCAGGAAGUACCUGAAGAUGUACUUUGUGAGCAACAGAUGCAGAGUCAGAGUGCAGAAAGUGGCCGCACAGGACAAAGACAGCAUAUAACAGAUCAUAUAGCCAGAGGGUUUAAAUAAAGGUAUUCAAUCUUUAUUUAACCAGAAAUUUUGAUUUUCAAUGUUUAGUUAA